AGAGGAACAAUCCUUCUGUAAGGGCCGCUUUUAAGCCUGCAGCCUACUGGAUUAAGGAGGCCACGGGCCGGGGCGCAGAAAGGCAGCCGCCUGUCCCCCUCUUAGGCACAGUUGAAUCGGUCAGUAACAAAGGCGUGGGGCUAUAAGCAUUCCCUUGGCGCCCAGUCAAUUAGCGUCGUCACCCUUGACUACGCAGCCAAGCCGCCUCUUUCCAGGAUGCGGCGCUUUUGGCGCGCAGCAAAAGAAACCUGCGCCGCGGGGAAAGUAUCGUCAGAAGUGGAAUUCACACCUGUGACGGACCAGCCCCGUCCUCCCCCGUUUCUACACGUCUGACAGGCCGCAGGGCGGUCGCGCCCGGCCGGCCGCUCUCAAAGCAGCUCUCUCCAGCGGGAGGCAGGGCGGGCGCUGGAGCGAAGUUCUUAGAAGAACUUUUCCUGCUCGAGGGGUGGAGCGGAGAAGGGGCGGCCUGGAAGGCAGCCCGCCGCAAAAGCACGGAUUCGGGAGCGGAGAGUCGGGUCUGGGCGUCUUUCCUUCCCGGAUCGGGAUUCCCCGCCGCUUGGAGCCGUUGAGGCGUCUCCGCGAGCCCGUUGCCCUCCCUCGCCGUGUGAUGGGCUCCUCCGCGGGGGAGCAGGCGGACUUGAACGAAGGUGCUCGGCUCCGCUCGCUCUUUCUGGCCUGCGAUGUAAACGGUUCCGGCCGGAUCGAACGCGAUGACUUUGGCUCGCUCUGCGCCGAGCUGAAGGUCCGGCCGGCGGAGGCCGAAGCUAUUUUCCAACGCCUGGACACCGACCGAGACGGCGCCAUCACCUUCCACGAGUUCGUUCGGGGGUUUCGCGGUGUCGCUCAACCGCGGAACAACUGCUGGGAGCUCUCCGGGGAAGAGAGCCACGCUUUCGGUGCUUUCGCCGGGAUGGCGGCGGCGGGUCCCAGCCAGGCCUGGCAGGAAUUUGAGCUUCGGCUCGGGGAGGAGGCGGGCUUCAUUCCCAGGCAAGAACAGGUCAGCAUUCUGUAUCAGAACAUCAAUAUAGUAGAGCCACGAUUAAUUCAACCAUAUGAAAAUGUUAUUAAGAACUUUAUUAGAGAGAUCAAGCUGCAGAGUACAGAAAUGGAGACCUUGGCCAUCGCUGUAAAAAGAGCACAAGAUAAAGCAGCAAUGCAGCUUGGUGAACUAGACGAGGAGAUGGAGCAGCGCAUACAGGCUACAGAAUGUAAAGUCAAGAAGGAGGAGAAGCGUAAAGCAGAAGAAGCUUUGAAUGAUCUCAAGCGUCAAUAUGAAACUGAAGUGGGAGAUCUCCAAGUGACAAUAAAAAAACUAAAAAUGCUUGAGGAACAAUCUAAACACAUUAAUCACAAAGAAGAUUUGGCAGUAUUAAAAAGAAGGAUACAUGAUCUGACCUUGGAAAACCAGAAACUUAAAAAAGAUCUUAUGGAAGCACAGACAAAUAUAGCUUUCCUUCAGAGUGAAUUAGAUACUUUAAAAAGUGAUAUUGCAGAUCAAAGUUUGAAUUCAGAAAGAGAUCUAGACAUGAUCAGAGAGUACACUGAAGACAGAGAUAGCUUGGAGAGGCAGAUAGCAGUAUUACAGUCAGCUAACAGGAAACUACAUGACAGUAAUGAUGGCUUAAGAAGUGCAUUAGAGAAUAGUUGGAGUAUGUAUAACAGAUCACUGCGUCUAACAAAUAUUUCCCCUGGAAACACAAUCUCCAGAAGCAGUCCCAAAUGUGGUCGUGGCCAUUUCCCCCAAAAUCCACAAUAUGACAGGUUGUCGCAUUCAUCUUACGUGGAUGAAGAGUAUGACUCCCUCGCACUUUGUGAUCCAAUGCAGAGGAUAAAUUGUGAAGUUGACAGCUUGCCUGAAAGCUGCUUUGAUAGCGGCUUGUCUACAUUAAGAGAUUCCAAUGAAUAUGAUUCAGAAGUGGAAUCCAAGCAUCAAAGAACAUCUCAGAGAACACAGGGUCUGCAGGAAAGCUUCCCGGGUGAUGCUUCUGACACAGACGUCCCAGACAUACGAGAUGAAGAGAUAUACAGUCCUGAUGACGUAAAUACAGUAUUGUUUUCGAAGCCCGACCAACCAGUCAGUCGAAGCAAUUCUGGAGCUUCAACAAGGAAACACAUCCCAGCAUUCUCUCCACAGGUUGAUUCUAUACACAGCAACUCCAGAUAUCCAAGCUCAGAGAAGGCCUACAAGAUAGUUCUUGCUGGGGAUGCAGCUGUUGGAAAAUCUAGCUUUCUUAUGAGGCUUUGCAAAAAUGAAUUUCGAGGGAAUACCAGUGCAACCCUGGGGGUUGACUUUCAAAUGAAAAGACUCAUUGUUGAUGGAGAACCUACAGUGCUACAGCUUUGGGAUACUGCUGGUCAAGAGAGGUUCCGAAGUAUUGCUAAGUCUUACUUCAGAAGAGCAGAUGGAGUGCUUCUACUGUAUGAUGUUACCUGUGAAAAAAGCUUUCUUAAUGUACGAGAAUGGGUGGAUAUGAUAGCGGAUGCCACUCAUGAAAAUAUCCCAAUCAUGAUGGUGGGAAACAAGUCAGAUCUUCGUCAGACAGCUUCUGAAGAGGGACUGAAAUGCAUAUCUCUCAACUAUGGAGAAAAGUUGGCCAUGGCGUACAGUGCAUUAUUCUGCGAAACAAGUGCUAAAGAUGGCUCUAAUAUUGUUGAGGCAGUGCUUCAUCUUGCCCGAGAAGUGCGAAAAAGAAGUGAUAGCAAAGAUGAUGAUAAAACAGUCACUAAGCUGGCUGGGACAACACUAAAAAAGUCUUCAUUCACCAAAAACUGCUGCAGUGUAUGAGAAGCAAUUCCUUGGCCUCAAAGAAACAGACUUCUGUGGCAAUGGAAGAGGAAAAAAUUGUUCCAGAUGAUCAGCAGAAGAAAAGAUGGAACUAAUUUUUCAGCUAUGAGGCCCGUAAGAGUCUUUAAGCAAAAUUUAGAUAUGCUGCUUAUUGAAUGAACCAAGCCAAAAAGAUUAAAAUUCUUAGUUCAUCAGUGGAAUCAUUCACUUCUUCAUUUAAGCAGUUAAGAAAAUUCUGUCUCAAAUCAGCUGUGCCUUCAUAAGCCAACCUGCUUGGAUGAAACUGGAUCCCCCCCACAAAUCUUAACUGUGUAUAUAAAUAAAUACUAGCUUUUUAAAAAAAAAAAUGGGAUUAUUCAGCCCAUUCUCUGCCUUGCAUCGUGAAGACAUUUGUGGUUCUUCAUCACUAAUCUUAAAAUUUGUGCAGUGCUUGUUUUUGAAGGAUUUUCUGAAGCAAUCAACUUUUCUAUACCGUGCAGCUUUCAAGAUCCUAGUGAUAGCUUGGGAAUUGAACCUGAAUUGGGGGAAAAAUACAACUAUCUAAAACUAUGUAGAAAAAAAUGUACCCUUAUGCUGAAUUCAGAACGCCGUUGUUGGUAUUACAAAGGAUCUCUGAGUAGAAUAUAAAAAACACAGAUGGCUUCUUCAUCUGUCAAGUGCCCUCCUAUAAUUUGGGGACUAUAACUGGAUGCUCUUUUGAAAUAUAAGAAGUUGAAGUCCCAGCAAUUCUGAAGAAGGCUAUGUGGAGAAUGGCUAUUAUAAAAUUUAGUGGAUUUAGUAGAUAACCUAAAGAAUAUUCUAAUUUUAAAUAUUGUUGCAGCGCUAUACCAUUUCAGACAGCCUAACAAAGCAGAAAGAAAGCUGAGCUACAAAGUUUUGUGCGGAUGUUUUAAUUUUGUGUAGGCUACACUAAAGAUGCCAAUAAUAUUUCUUCAUAGAUUCUCAGAAUUUGGAACUCCAGGAUACUUUGCAGCUAAGGGUUCUAACUAAGUGUGCAUGCAUGUGUAGUGGUGUAAUGACCACACUUGUCCAUGUGCUGCAAUUUAAUAUUCAUUCCUCUUCUUCCCGAAUUUAAGAAGGCUGCAAAGGCUACAAGCUGUAUUGGGAUUGUGCCUUGGUGAUAAACAGAAGUGAGACCUGAGAUUGUGGUCAUUACCUUCCCUUCUCCCCAGAAUAGUAAGCUACUCUCUGAAACUGUUUGCUAGUGUUUUUGUACUUUGAUGUCAAGAAGAAGGACCAAAAUUAGUGAAACUUGAUUAAAAGCCUCAUUCUUGCUCUGGGUCUGAAAUUGAACACAAAAGCAACAAGACCUCACUGAAGAAAAUACCAGAAAGCAAGUUCUUUAUUUCAUACUCAAAACCAGAAAGAAUCCCAAUCUCCAAUCCCAGGAGAGAGAUUGGCCUUUGUAAAGUGAGUAGGCAUUUUGGCCUUUCCCCCCAAGGCAGAUGAGUCCAAUCUGGGCAAUUUUAAGGCUAGUGGACUUCAACUCCCAGAAUUCCCCAUCCAGCAGGGUGAAUUGGGCCAUACUGUAAACUGAAAGUCUUCAGUUCUUAAAAUUGCCAAGGUUGGACACCCCUGCCUCAAGGCAUUGCUUUGCAACAAGGGAACCAAUUGAAAGGCUAUCUGAACUUCUUUGCAAGAAGUCUCCUCCAUGCUUGGAAACUUAGAAAAUAUAAGAUUAACAUCUACAUGGAUUACAUGAAAUCCAUAACAUGCAACAUGUGCACUUUAAUAUGUUAUUGUAAUGAUAAGCCUUGAUGCUAUACAAAAUCCCAACUUUCCUAAGAAUCCGAUAAAGAUCAGGAAAUACAAAAGUUGUCAUUGUGUUGGCUGGACUAAGAGGCAGUUUUAUAUGUUUUUAAAGUUUUACUAGAUUUAUAUUUGUCUCCUUGAUAUAUACAACUAAUCUGUUUUUCUAAAUGCGUAGGUUUUAUUUACUUUUACUGUGUUAACUUUCUCAUUUUUAAGGACGUUUUCAUAGUUAGUUGAUCACAUUUGUUAGUUUCUGUCCAAAUUAGGAAAGGAAUUUAAAUUCUACAGGUCUUGAAAAUUAUUAAUUUCUCAUAAGGCUGUGAAAAGAGAAACCUAUUUCUCUCUCCUCUGAUUUGGUGUCAGAAAUUUUUUUACAGCUGGAUUCUCCGUGCAUUUUUUACAACUAGGCUGAAAGCUCCAAAUUGUCUUACUAACUUCACACCAUUUAGAUAAAUAAAUUGAAAUAAAUAAAUAAAUAAAUAAAUAAAUAAAUUGUUUAAUAGUCUGAUCCUAACUGAACUGGAUUGAUUUUAGGUAUAAUAUGUGUUAGCUUUGGGCUCAUGUUUACUAUCCUUAUUCCUAGAUGUCUAUGAUACAGUAUUUGAUCUUGAAGGACAUUCAAGACUAAUUAUUUUAUUGUUAGAAUACAAGCCAGGGACACAAGCCACAAUUUUGAUCCUUGGUUUCCUUAACUAGAGUUCCAUUGAGUUUGAACCCAGUGGGUUUGGUUAUUUGAAAGCUGAAAUACAAGUACUGUAGUUGAGAUUGGAGCAUUUUUUUUCCAAUGCAGAUGCGCACCAGACUAUCCUAUAACUCCUGUUAAUCUUACUUAGCUUUACUGUUCUGUAGGAAUUGGGGAAGUUUUAGAAUGAGGAUAUCUGGAAGUAUCUAUGGUCACAUAUCUUUCGUAUAAUGUUAAACUGUACAUGAAGAUUGUGUCUCGGUAAAAUGGUUGUUUUGUCAUCAGAUACAGAUCGGGGAAGCAUAUAACACUACAGUCCUUUUAAUAGUGAGAAUGUUUUGACGUAACAGUAGAAGAAAACCUAUAGAAUUAAGAGGAGUUCAAAAAUGAAAAUUUUUGAUACCAAGCCAACUCCAAAGCACAGUUGUGCAAGUGAGUCACAAAUGUUUUACAGAUUCUUUAUUCUUUUAUAUUUGUAGUUCUCCUAUAAUGAUUGAAGCCUCUUUUAUAAGGGCCAUUUUUCACACUUCUCUUAAUUAUUGUGAAAUUUUAAAGAUUUUUUUUUCAAAGUACCCGUAGUUAAAUUAAGAAAUCCUUGCUUGGGAUGCAAAUAAGUCAGCAUAAGAUUGUUUUUUAAAAGGUUAAUUCAUAUGAAUGAUAAACCAAUUACUGAGUAUGUGUUUAUUGCCUUGCUGAAUGACAUGUACGUACAAACUUAGAUUUUUUUUAACACAGUAACAAGGCACUUAGCACUUGAAGCAAAAGAAGUAAGUAUUGGCUUUAUUAGUCCACCAAGAUCAUAUAGUUUAAAUGAGCAGAGUUACAUUUUCUAUAACUUGGAUUUCUCUUGAAGGACGAAUUCUAAAUCAGCAAUAUUUUGCAGGCAUGGAACUCCAAUACCAAGAGACAUUAGAAACUCUGUCUUUUCAGGGAGAGCUCCAUUUAUUCUACAGGAUCUAACCACAGAGAUUUUUUGAAACAGACUAAAAUGUAAUUAGGCUUCUAGAGUCACAGGAAGCAAUACAAUUUCUGCAUUGAGAAAAAUCACAGUAUGAAAGUUCUGAAUGAGUUGAGUUCAGCCAGCUUCUGAAAAGAAUUGUUAAAUAUUUACCUUAGUACUCUUAACUUCCAAAGUCAAUCUUUAUAUUUAUUUAGUUGUUACAUUAUAUACAUAUAUUUAUUUAUUUUCACAGGCAUGUAUACUUGUUACUUUGGUAAAUUCUGUAUAUAUGAUGUAUUUUCAUGCAAUUAGUGAUCACAAAUUGUUUUAUCCGAAUUGUUUAUAGCAUGUGCCAUUUUAAAGGUAAUAUUUGUCUUCUGGAAGAUUGAAUCUUGUUAAAUGCUUUGGUAUGUAAAAUGGGCUUUAAAAGGCUGUGUGCCCAAAAUGUGCUACAUCAUAUUUUCUUAGAAAUAAAAUUAUAUAAACCACA